UCUCUUCCUGGCAUCACUGCCCAUACUAUACCAUAUCAUCCACAAUGGCAUUCAGUGGAACUUGGCAGGUCUACGCUCAAGAGAACUAUGAAGAGUUCCUGAAAGCUAUUGGAUUGCCAGAUGAAAUUAUCAAAGUUGCCCCAAACAUUAAGCCUGUUAUUGAAAUACAACAAAAUGGAAGCAACUUUGUUGUGACGUCAAAAACACCCAAGCAGUCUGUAACAAAUUCAUUUACUCUUGGGAAAGAGGCUGAUAUCACCACUAUGGAUGGCAAAAAAAUGAAGUGCAUCGUUCACUUGCAAGAUGGGAAGCUUGUGUGUAAAUCAGACAAAUUCUUCCAUGAACAAGAAGUUAUAGGAAAUGAAAUGUUGGAGACUAUGACUGUUGGUUCAGCAACACUCAUCAGAAAAAGCAAGAGGGUUAAAUAAUGAGACGACAGACUCAUUUUGUCUUGGACAUUUUUACGUUCCAAAAGCACAUUUUCCAUCAGUUGUGAUUGUUCUUAUUCUGAAAGAACGCUACAGAAAAAUAAAGAACCAAGAUCUCUGCUUUUCUUGCAUCUCAUACUUUGGCUAAUAUAAGAAUGCAUUUUCCUUGUUUAUACUAUGAGGCCCAUCUUUCUAAGUAGCAGAGGCCUGUUUCCAAGAUAGGCAGAUCUCCCAAUAAUUACGAGGGGAGAUUUUCCUGUGAAAGAAGUAGAGGACCUGUGGCCUCUGGUAAAAUAGUGGCUCACCAGAACAGCAACAGGGAGGUGACAGAAGCUGAUAUGAAUAUUUCCUGACCUCUUAUGCCAAAUAAGGAAGAAUAUAAAUUUAAUAAAUCCCACCUCCUUUUCU